GGAAGAGGAGGAAGAGGACGAGCUGGACGAGUUGGACAUGGAAGAGGACGAGGGCAAAGAAGGGAAAUAAGGAGAGCCGUCUCAGAUGAGAUUAGGGCUACAUUGAUUGAUCAUGUGAUCAACCAUGGGUUGACCAUGAGGGAGGCUGGACUGAGGGUCCAGGCAAAUGUAAAUCGAUUUACGGUGGCAGGCAUUAUCCGAACAUAUCGAAAUGAGAACAGAGUGGAAAGGCAAAGGAAUCGUGGAGGGCGAGGGCGCAAAUUCACCGACGAGCAAGAGACCGAAAUCAUAAAUAUGGUUCUGGCAAAUAAUGUGAUUAGAAUCCAUCAGAUCCAACACCAUAUUAUAAAUGAUGCAACUGUUUUCAAUAACAUUGUUACAGUAAGCUUGUCCACAAUUCAUCGUGUCCUCCAGAAGAAUCAGUUGCGCAUGAAACAGCUAUACAGGGUCCCAUUUGAAAGGAACUGCGACCGAGUGAAGAACCUACGUCAUGACUUUGUGGAUAGAAUUUUGGAGAUGGAUGCAGAUGGAGAUGUCCUCCAUGAAUAUAUAUAUAUAGAUGAGGUGGGCUUCAACUUGACAAAAACUAGAAGAAGGGGGAGAAAUAUCAUUGGACAAAGGGCCAUUUUGAAUGUCCCUGGGCAACGUGGGGGAAACAUUACAAUGUGUGCUGCCAUCACAAAUAAUGGUGUCCUGCAUCACCAUGCAACACUUGGACCCUACAACACUGCUCACAUCAUAACUUUUCUGGAUGCAAUUCAUCGCAUACUUGUUCCAGGUCAGCAGAAUCAAGAUCAGCAAAGAUUUGUGGUCAUAUGGGACAAUGUCAGCUUUCAUCGGGCCCAUCUGGUCCAGAACUGGUUUGUCACCCAUCCUCAUUUCUCUGUUCUGUACCUGCCUCCUUAUUCUCCAUUUCUCAAUCCAAUUGAGGAAUUUUUCUCCACAUGGCGCUGGCGAGUAUAUGAUCGUCGUCCCUAUGCCCGCAUUCCACUUCUCCAGGCAAUGGAGGAAGCAUGUGGCGACAUUGACGCUGUCUCUAUUCAAGGAUGGAUGCGCCAUGCAAGAAGGUUCUUUCCUCGGUGUUUAGCGAGAGAGAACAUAGCAUGCGACGUGGACGAAGUAUUGUGGCCAGACCCAGCCCGGAGGAGAGAUGAAGCCUAGACACACACCCAACCCCCCAACUCCUACCCUCUGCCCAAGCAACACACACACACACACACA